AUGUCGUCUCCGCUCUUGUUUUCCACAAUCGAAGUCACAAGACAAGCAUUUUAUAGGACAGCGCUAUCGUACGCCAUUGUCAAUCUUAAACCAAUUGUGCCAGGACACGUGCUCGUUAUCCCCAAUCGACCCGUACCGCGUUUGACGGAUCUCACCACACCAGAAUUAACGUCCCUCAUCGCUUCUGUCCAAAAUGUUGGUCGAGUGGUCGAGCGCGCGUACGGUGGUGACGCAUUGACUGUGGCAUGCCAGGACGGAAGGGCUGCAGGACAGUCUAUACCUCAUGUCCACUUCCAUGUCAUGCCUCGGAAAUACCAUGGAGACUACUUUUCGCAAAGAAUGGAUGAUAUAUAUCCUGCACUAGAGCGGUCGGAAACGGACUUGCCCCGCGACUUCCAAAAUCUCAAAGUGUCUAGCACCACGGUGCAACAUCACCCAUUCAAGGUCGAUGCAGACGAGGACAGAUUGCCGCGGACACUGGAAGAUAUGGAACAGGAGGCGACAUGGCUAAAAGGUUUCUUCAUAGGAGAAUGUCGUCAUACCGACGCGGUGUAA